GAGACAUAGGAUUAUAUAUUCACCAUCAUCACCAAGUACAAGUAUGUAUGCAACAAAAAAGAUGGCUUUCAACAAUGCUAGAGUCAUCCUUCUAGUCCUCCUCGUUGUCUAUGGGGCAACUUUUUUGGGAGGCGAAAUGAAAGGUGUGGAUGCUAAAAUCUGCCCUCAAAUAUGUUACGGGGCAUCAUACAUGACAUGCCCCUCUUCAGGCGAUAGGCGCCUCUCUCCAAAAUGUAACUGCUGCGUUGCAUCCACUGGCUGUACCCUUUACAACGGUGAUGGAACCACCAUUUGCACUGCUCCCUAGCUACCUAGAUAGUAAUAAUGUAUCACACUCAUCACAGUUCAAUAGGUGUAAUUGUAAUUCCAUAUGAUAUUAUGAAUGCGUAUGCAACAAACUAAGACUUCAUUGUCUCCCUUAAACUAAAUAAAUAAAUUCAUCACUCUGCAACUUUUCUUU